GCGUACAAAUAUGUGGUGAAACUGAAAGAAGAAAUUAUGACAGCUUUGUUUACUACUAGGCUUUCUGGACAUACAUGUAUGCGACGUAUUUUAAAUGUAAGACAUCGUUUUUACCCAUCGGUAAAAUUGUUCUCAAAUGAGGAAACUAAUGAGAUUGAGUCUUUUUUAACUGAUUACACGGAUUUGGAGUUUCGACCACUCCAUCUGAAGAGCUGUAUCUUUGGGGAAUCAUUCACCAACGCAAGGAUAGACCACGAUGAAUUUUACUUUACUGAUUCAUCCACUGGCAAAGAAAUUGUACCUACAAUUGAGUUAAAAACACUGUUUCAUCAUGGGGUAGAGAAGUUGGAAACAAUUGUCAGAGGAGAAUUCAACAUAUGUCUCAAGAAUAAAGAAAAUCAAGACUUUUGCAGUUCAGUGUUGGCUCUGCUUUCUUUCAUACGAAAUAUAAGAAAUCAUGAAAUGGCACUGAAAGAUAAGUAUGAAGGAUCAACAGUCCUAGAUGACAAAGAAUGUAGUGUAGCAGCUCUGCUCACCAAUCAUCUCUUAUCACCUCUGGUACCUGGACCUGAUUACAUCAUUGAUAAUCAAUACCAAGACAAGCCUACAUAUUGUCCUUGUUGGUCCAGAUCUUGUCGCAGAACAAUCAACUAUGGAAGGACAAGUUUAGGUAACUCUAAAAUGUGGUAUGGAUAUCCAGAUGUUGUUGUAUUUCCCAACACUGUUAUGGUGGAGCAGGAUUUUGAACAGGAAGAAGAAGAAAAAGAGGAUGUGUAUAAUUUACAAAAUGAGAAAAGAGCAUUUGAAAGAUGUGAACUUGAAACAAAUCAAAAUCUUAACAUUUUGCGUAAAAAAGAAAGAAUUGCAAGUGAAAUAAUAUCUCAAACUAUUACAGCUUCUCUUUACACCUCGGCAUUAAGAAUUCGUAAACCAGAAUUAGGAAUUCCCGACAUUUCUUUGAUACCGUCCCUGCUAUUGACGUCUUCAACUUACUGUAUUUAUAUGUAUGACAGCAAACAUGAUAUAUUGUUAACUAGUGGUCCUAAUCCUACAUAUUUGUGGAACAACUCGGGUGUAGGCUAUCGUUUCAAUAAAUCAGCCAUUAUGCAUAUAUGGAUGGCUCUGAAUCAUUUCCAAUUGUUACCAAGUAUUGACCCUGCACACAUUGAGUUGAUUCAACAAAGUUCAAAUUUUCAAAAACUCUGUGAAACUAAUGGUUUUGAACUGGCCAAAAUAGCCAGUCAGAUACAAUUUCAGUCAAAAUUUGUUAAACCAGAGAAAUUUGGCCACAAGAAUAGUAAUACAAAACAAUUGGAAUCUUCAAGGAACAAAACCCAACAUACAAACUCAACAAACAAAUGGGGUUGAGAAACAUGUUAAACUGAUAAAAGCCUGAAAAGACAAGUUUUUGUCUAAACUAUGUGUCACCUAUCAUCAAAGGGAGAAAACUCACCUACAGAUAUUGAACAUGUUGAAGAUCAGACAUUUUUAUCUUUUGUCCAACCAUUGCUAACAUGUAAGCGGUGCAUCGGUAUGUUGCAUAUAAUCAUAACCUUGAUAUGACUUUGAUAUUUGACCAUGAGGUCAAUUCAUGGUUAGGUUUUCCAAACCUUGUAAGUUGGGCAGGUUUUUUUUUUAAUUUUCAUUGUACAUUAUUACUUAACAUGUAUUUGUGGCAAUGUUUUUG